AUGAGUAGGAGGAGCCUCCGUAGCGGUGCAGCUGAGUCAGUGAGGUCUCCAUGCCACUCUCAAGAGUCGCCUUCAAUGUCUCGGUGGGAAAUGGAAGACGCGAGUUCAGUAUGUUCACGGCUGUGCUACUGUGGGAAUGUUGUCAAAACGCAUACAUCCUGGACGAUUUCUCAUCCUGGAAGGAGGUUUCAAGUAUGUGCAAGGGUAAGUUUAUUUCUCUGUAAGUUUGACCUGAAAUUUGGCAUUUUCGUGGAUUCCAAUUGUGAUGAUGCGCCUCUUUGUAACGGAAAUAUUGUUUCCGUUUAUGCAGAGGAAUGGAUGUACAUUUUGGGAAUGGGCUGA